GUGGGGGUGACGGGGUCCCCCGCGCACGAAAGGCGGCGGAGGAGUGUCUGUGCCCCCGCCCGCCUGUCCCGCCAGCCUGCUCCACCCCUGGGGCGCGCAGGAGGCGCCCAUCUCCUUUUCUGGCCGGGGCUAUUUGCAUAGCCCCCGCGUGCGCUGGGAGCGCGGGGAGGGGGUGGGAUUAUUGCCGAGUUCCCUUCCACCCCCCGGGGGGGGGGUUACAGAGGAUCUCCCCCCUCCCCGGUUUAAGACACACUGAAGGAGAAAAGCGGCUCCUCCGCCGCUUCCCGCCCCACUUCUCCCGCAGCCGGCUCCCAAGCGCCGCCGCCUCUUGCUGCUGCGGCUGCGGCUGCUGCUGCGCGCCCCGGGCAGGAGCCGCUCGCUGCAGCCCGAGGGCGGAUCGGGGCCGCCGCAGACCCGCUCUCUCUGCUGCGGGACCAUGAGCCAGGGCGACGGGAGGCUGCGAGGGGCGGCGGCUGCCGCCGGGCUGCCCCCAGCCGGCGCCCGGUGGGCGGGGGGCGGCGGCGGCUCCGCAGCCCUCUGCCUGCUCCUCUCGCUCACCUCGCUGGCCGCCUGCCUGCUGCUGAGCGCCAAGACGUGCGAGCUGCAGGGCAGGGUGGCGGCGCUGGAGGAGCGGGGCAGCCCCGGCUGGGCACCGGGAGUCCCCCUGAGCCCCGGACCGCUGCUCGCCCUGCUGCAGCCCCACAUGGAGCAGCUCUUCCGGGAGAAACUGGGUGAAGGAUUAGCCAAGCUGCGGACAGUGCGAGAGGCUCCAUCUGAAUGUGUCUGCCCACCAGGCCCUCCAGGAAGGCGGGGAAAACCGGGACGACGAGGAGAACCUGGUAAGCCUCAUGGGCAGUCAGGACGAGAUGGCUACCCGGGGCCCCUUGGUUUGGAUGGCAAGCCAGGACCUCCAGGACCAAAAGGGGAAAAGGGUGAACAAGGGGACAUCGGCCCAAGGGGUGAUCAAGGUCAAGAUGGAGCUGCUGGCCCACCGGGUCCCCCAGGACCACCGGGUGCAAGAGGUCCCCCUGGAGAUACAGGAAAAGAUGGCCCCAGGGGACCACAAGGCCUCCCUGGCUUAAAAGGAGAGCCAGGGGAAGCUGGAGUGAUGGGUGUAAGGGGACCUUCAGGACUAAAGGGUGAGCCUGGUUUUCCAGGGAGAAAGGGUGAUGAUGGGAUCCCAGGACAGCCAGGGCUUCAAGGGCCUAAGGGAGAGCAAGGAAGCACAGGUCCCAAAGGAGAGAAAGGAAUAGAUGGAUUGCCAGGAUCAAAGGGUGAUCCUGGUGAGAGAGGAGGAGAUGGACCCAUUGGACCAAGGGGUCCACCUGGCCUGAAGGGUGAACAGGGAGAUACUGUAAUAAUUGACUACGAUGGCAGAAUCCUGGAUGCACUCAAGGGCCCACCAGGUCCCCAGGGGCCACCAGGCCCUCAAGGAGCUCCAGGACCAAAGGGGGAGCUUGGAUUGCCUGGUCCAUCUGGAGUUGAUGGGGAAAAGGGAUCUAAAGGAGACCCAGGAAACCCUGGGAUAAUGGGACAAAAAGGAGAGAUCGGAGAAAUGGGCUUGUCUGGCCUACCGGGAAUUGAUGGGCCAAAAGGAGAGAGAGGAGAAACUGGAUCCCCGUGUUUGCAGAACAAUCAUAUCAUACCGGAACCAGGACCCCCUGGAUUGCCAGGCCCUAUGGGUCCUCAAGGAAUCCCAGGUCCUAAGGGCUUGGAUGGUGUAAAGGGAGAAAAAGGUGACCAUGGUGAGAAAGGGGCAAUUGGUGACGCUGGGCCACCUGGUCCUGCUGGUCCCCCGGGACUUAUUGGCUUACCAGGCACCAAAGGGGAGAAGGGCAAGCCAGGGGAACCAGGAUUAGAUGGUUUCCCAGGACUACGAGGUGAGAAAGGAGAUAAAAGUGAAAGGGGAGAGAAGGGAGAAAGAGGAAUACCUGGCAGAAAAGGAGCCAAGGGGCAAAAAGGAGAACCAGGCCCGCCUGGGUUGGAUCAGCCUUGUCCAGUGGGACCAGAUGGACUGCCAGUACCAGGAUGUUGGCACAAGUGAUCUCUAAUCAUGAAGCAUAAAGUAUGUAAAUAAUGUGACAUAUUUUGAUCUUUUAAUUUUUGUAAAGAAAAAAUCAACAGUAAUAUAUUGAACUUUUUUAUACUGGAUGCUGUCAUUUAUGGACUUUAAAAAUGUUAUAAAGUUUCCCAAGCCCAUAGGACAUGCAUGGCAACAUUGGGAGUUUAUGUACAAACAAGCUGCAGUGGAUGGGAAUAAUCGUAUUUGCUGCUAAUGCUACUGUGUGGACUAACGGUACUGAGACAAUUUGUUGCCUAGUGUGCCUUAGAGCAUGGAGGAGAGAGAUCCCUCUCCUAAAUUUGGCUUUCAACUCUCAUUUCUGUUGCACACUCACUAAAAGGGUGAAAAAACAUGGCUGAAAGCAAAAAAGAAAAGAAGAAUGCAGCCCUAGAAAUGAAAGAAACUCAUUUGUCACCCGGCCGAGUGAAAGGACUUUCAGCGGGCAGAGAAAACAAGGCCAACCCCAUUCGCUGCUACAUGCUCCCACCCUGAUGGAAAUAGUAAAGUUUUGGCUCAGUAUGAUGAACUCGGCCAUCUGUGCAUGCUUCAACUACUAAUGACAAAACUUGUAUCUCGGGAAGAAACAUACAUUUAACUUUCUGGGGUGUGUGGCUGAAGAGUUGCAAGAGUCUUGCUGGGGAUUCCGUCUUUGUUACUGCAGAAUCCAGAGAACCUGGGAAACCUCAUCUGCCAAACACACUUUUUUAAAAAAUUGCUAUCGUAGGCUCAGUGCAUAGUGAGAACUCUGCUAAAGUCUUUUCUAAAGCAAGACAGCACUUAAAAGUGCUACACUGGGGGGAUCCCAAAACUUGGAAGAGGUCACAGUAUGAAAUACAGUAUUCAAUUCCCUUGGUUGGUAGGGCUUGUUUUGUGAACACUGUAUAAUUUGAUCUGCAUACUCAUACUCUUCCUCCACCUUCUUCUCCCUGUCUUUCUCUCUCUUUGCUAUAAAUGAGUUUGAACUCAGGCUCAGUCUAUACCACACAACCACUCAAAAAUACUCUGUGAACUGUGAUCUGUGACACAGUAAUCCCAUUCUGCAAGUUACCUUGACCAGCUCCAUUCCAUUCUUGAAGAAAUGAGAACAUCCAGAAAGCCUAAUGGUUUCUCUUUAUUGGAUGGGGACAGGGCUUAGCAGUAGACGCCAAUGACAUUGAAAAGUGGAUAGACAAAACUUGGAUGUACUGGUAAACAGGUCAUCAGAGCCUAUAUCAGGUAAAGCCUAAUUAACCAAAAGGUCAAGACCCAGGCUUUUAGGACAUGCUGAUUUUGUAACUGAUGUACUAGUAGGUGAGGGAACAGGAGUAGUAAGGUAACCAGGCAGAUUGGAGAAACCUAGAGUGAUUGCACAGCCAUCAAGUACACUCGUCUUGGAUAGGAGCUGCAGCUGCAUGCCUAGCUGUACAGAGUGGAGUAGCAGCGUGCCACCCAGGGGGAGGGGAAGGUGUUCCCAUCUUGGACAGAGCUGUAGAACUGGCUGAGGAGAGUUGGCUCUGAAAGGAAAAAGUUGCAUGGCAAAGCACUGCAAUCCUUUGAUCUCUAUGCUUCUCCCAAUGCACUUCUUUAGUAGCAUAAUGUAACUAAAGAAUAAAGAGAGAGGAAACAUCAAAACGUUGUGCCUAUGGUGCUUAUUGUUUUGAUACAAACCUUGUGUUUAGAUCAUUAUUCCAUUGAGUCUAUUGGGCACAUGCAAGCUUGUGAUGAAGUGAGGAUACUGGGAUAAAGGCAAGAAUUAAUGAGCUUUGCCUCUACAAGUUAACCUAGUGCAGAGUUAAUUCCAGCUCUAAUAAAAUGAACAAGGAUAAAUGUGCUCGGUAUUGUAUGCUGCUCUCCAUUUAUGUCUCCAAACAGAUAGUAGAAAGUUUCAGAAUUAUGCCUAUGAAUUAUCAUCAAUGCCUUGGUGCAUUAUUUUUACUGGAUUUGUUUAGGAAAGCCUCCUAGACAACAGAGAGCAUUUCCUGUACACAGAUUAAUGUUUGAAAUGGACAUACAGCUCAUCAUGAUAGAUGUGGACUACAUAAAAGAUUCACAGGAAUAUGCAGUUAACUUUAUUUCUUAUAUUUGUCAGCCACUCUGGUUUUGUAUUACUUGUCUUUUUUUGUUUAAAGACUAUAAAGAUGUAUGUUGUAUUUUUUACUUUUCUCUAUAAUUAUAUUGAUUAAAACUCAGAUAAACUAAUAGGUCAAGAAACAGGAAUUAUAUAAUUUAACCAGCAAUAAAAAUGCAUUAUAAUUAUUUCUAAUUCAUGAGGUUAGCUAUCACUUUAAGGGGAGAUUCUGAAAGGCACAAAGGGCAGUUACGCACCCAGUUCCCUAGUUCGCAUUAACAUACUCCUGCUUGAUUAUGUUAACACGAACUUAGAUAUCUUUUAGAGUACACCAACGGGAUCUACAUGGGGCAUUUAGAGUACAGCACACUGGAGUGCUUUACAAAUCACACCCUUCUAAUGCGUUUUGCCAGGGCAAUGUAAACAAGCCCUAAAGCUAGAGUGGUUUAUUUCAUUCACUGUUGUUCAGGACAGUCCUGGCCAUAUGCUGCACCCUGUCAUUUCAGUCAUGUUAAAUGCCCAAUUGUUGUUAACAGAGUUCCAGUACAGUUGCCCUGUCUGGCCUAGUCUAUGCAGAAUUUUAGGGAAAUCUUCCGCUGUUGGUCUAGCAUUCGUGUAGCACAGUCGGUGCAAGCAACAGUGUGAUUGCACCAUUGCUAUAGUAGUGGUGGGAGAUCUUGCUAUAAUUCCCAAUGGGAAGAUAUCCUCUGGCCUUGACUACUUUCCAAAUAUUUCCCAUCAUUGCAAGCUCCAGUUCAGUGCCACCAGCAUACAGACAUUGGGAGUCUGAGGUUGACUCACUGCCAGCAUUUUAAACAACCUGAUGAUUAAGCCUGCCCUUGUGGGGGGAACUGUAGUUUGCAGUUGAUGCAAUUAUGUACUUGGAGGUUAAUCAAGGAAUGUUUCUCCUAGUUAGGAAAGAGAUUGGGAGAAAACCCAAACUGACUCCAAACUGAAAAUAUUUCUUUCCAAGCCGUGAUAGUUAUUUUUGAUAAUUAGAUCAAGAAAUCAAGAUGUUGCCAAAUACUUUAUUUUCUUUCAUCCAUUCAUAGAUGCUGACAUUUUCUGUAUAUGUAAUGAUGAUGAACUUAUUUCUCCUGUAUAUUUAAAAUCUCUAUCUAUGAAUGUUUUCUCCUAAUACUAAAGCUGAAAUAUUUCUUAUGUGUUUUCUAGAAAACCAAAGGAUAAAAUGUUUCUUAGUCAGUUUUUCAGUUUUAUAGUUUCAUAUGUUUGGUGUCUGAUGGUCUUUAACUAAACAAAUCAUUGAUAUGUGCUUUUUGAACUGGUCAUUCCUGUUAAUGCUAAAACUGAAAAGGAUGGAAUCUACCCAUGUCAAAAAUAUCUAUUAAGCAUAUUCCAUAUUUUUUAAGCCUGUCAGAUAUAUUACCAUGGUUAUCUACUAUAAAAAGGUUGUACAUUUGUUAUGGCCAAGACUUCCAUGACAGAAACCCUGCUCUUAGGGUUGCUUUUGUUGUUGUUGUUUGUUUGUGUUUUUGUUUUAUUUAGUCACAGGGUCAAAUUCUUAGAUGGUGUAAAACUGGCAUCAGUCCACGAUGGAGCAAGGAUCUUUCAUGAAUUUUUACAAAUUUUGGCCCCAAUCCUGCAGUUAGACCUCUGCAGGCAGACCCUUCCACCAACAGAGAUCCAACUACAGGAUCAGGACUUUGGUGUUCUCUACAUACCAUGUAGUGGAGUUUGAGUUUUCAACUAUUAGCUAAACACCACUAAAUUGUGUUAUGCAAUUCACUAUAAAAUAAAUGGUAUUUAUUUAAAUAUUCUCAUCACUUCCUAUGGCAAACAACUUAAAGUAUUGUUAUGCCAUGACACUUCCAGAUUUAUUGCCAUGACAAACAGCCAGCCUCUGCCAUAAAUAACCUUUCAUAAUAUAUAAUUAUGCAUCCUUUUGGUAUGAAAAUUCAAUAAACAAAACUAGAUGUACAAAAUAGUUGAUUUUGGUAGAUUGCAUGGCAACUGAACUGUUGUUUAAUGCUGCCCCCUGGAGGAUAUGUUUUCUAGCAAAAUAAGUAGCUUUAUGUCAGGGAGAAGGGAAUCUGAUUUUUCUGAUGUUCAUUUGGGGGAGAAGUAUGGAUAACUCUCAUGUAUUUUUAUGGUUGAAAUAUCUCUGUAAAACAACAGAAUAUUUAUUUAAACACAGUUUCAUAUUUUCAAUUUUUUUUUCAGUUUGUAUAUUUUCUGACAUGUCACCAUAAUGAGAAACACCAUAAACUUCUCAUUUGUUCUUAUUUAA